ACGUCCGCACACGUAACACACGCGAGCACAUCGCCACCACAGCCGUAGUGCCUGCUGUCUCCGCCACAAUUCACAGGCGCAUCCUCCUCCCCGGACUCCGGCUCUUCUUCCUCCCCUCCCUGCGCGCGCUGUAAGCCUAUAAAUGCCACUCUUCCCUUCCGCCCCGUUCCUCGUCCUGCCCAGCAGUCCAGCUCACGAGCAGCGGCGCCAUUGCACGCCUCCGGGCUCCGGCCACUGCUGACUGCUGUGCGCGUCUGUCCUCCCCGUACUGCGUUGUCCGUAUGUGUGAAAACUGCUGCUUGCGUCGUGGUGAGUUUGGUGCCUCCGCGCACACGCGCGUGUCCGAGUUUGCUGAUGUUCAUCUAAUCCACCGCGGGGAGAAGGCAAACGAAAGGAGAGAUAUAUUGAGGGUCAUCACUUGCGUUUCCGGAUCAGAUAGUAAAACGGCAGGAUGGUUAACUUUGGAAAGAAGUUGACGGCAGAUCAAGUAGAAGAAUGGAAAGGAUACUACAUCAAUUACAAAUUGAUGAAGAAAAUGUUAAAGCAAUAUGUUCAACAGACCCAACUUGGUGGGAAAGAUCGUGAACAAGUCCUUAAAGAGUUCUCAAGGAUCCUUGAUGACCAGAUUGAAAGGAUCGUGCUUUUUCUGUUACAACAACAAGGCCACAUUGCCAGUAGGAUUGAGGAAUUGGGAGAACGACGCACUGCUCUUCUGGAACAGUAUGAUCUAUCACAAGUUUCUCAGCUACGUGAUGCAUAUAGAGAAGUUGGGCUUGAUCUUAUAAAGCUUCUCUGCUUUGUUGAUAUGAAUGCUACUGGUAUACGCAAGAUACUAAAGAAAUUUGAUAAGCGCUUUGGCUAUAAGUUUACAGAUUAUUAUGUCACCACUCGUGCAAACCAUCCUUAUUCUCAGCUUCAGCAAGUCUUUAAGCAAGUGGGAAUUGUAGCUGUUGUAGGUGCAUUAUCGCGCAACCUUGAAUAUCUGCAAGAUCAUCAAGGAAGCUUUGUAUCCAUCUAUGAUAAUCCAUCAGUUAUCUUGAGGGAUCCUAUCAUAGACCAAGUAAAACAUGCAGUACAGAAACUUACACAUGCCACGAAUUUUAUGAAAUUCUUGGGACAACACGCGCUUAUUGUUCAGGAAGAUGCACAAAGUGGGUCAGAGGAUCUUGUAGAUGAUCAGAGAUACCAUUUUAUGUCUCUGCUGCUUAACCUCGUGAACACUUUUCUUUACAUGGUGAACACAUAUAUCAUUGUGCCGACUGCAGAUGACUAUUCAGUAAGCCUUGGGGCUGCCGCGACAGUGUGUGGUAUAAUUAUUGGAUCAAUGGCAGUCGCUCAAGUGUUUUCCUCGGUCUAUUUCAGUGCAUGGUCAAAUAAGUCGUACUUCAGACCACUUGUAUUCAGUAGUAUUAUGCUAUUUUUUGGCAACCUGCUUUAUGCAUUGGCAUAUGACCUGAAUUCAUUACCUGUUCUUCUGAUUGGACGGCUACUGUGCGGGUUAGGCUCUGCAAGAGCAGUGAACCGUCGGUAUAUCAGUGAUUGUGUACCCCUUAAAAUCAGGCUACAAGCCUCUGCAGGAUUCGUUAGUGCUAGCGCUCUUGGCAUGGCAUGUGGCCCUGCUUUUGCUGGCUUCCUCCAGAUAAAAUUCAAGAUAUACUCGCUCACUUUCAAUCAGAGCACAUUACCUGGAUGGGUCAUGUCCAUUGCUUGGCUUCUUUACUUGUUGUGGCUGUGGCUUACAUUCAACGAGCCGGAACACUUUGCUAAAACUUCAGUCAUUACACAGCCCUCUGAAUCCGGUCACCAAGAAAGUGCUAACUUGGAGGAAGGUCUAGCUCAGCCGUUGCUUCUAGGUGCAGAAAGAAGACAGGACGAGAAUGCGGAGGAUAAUGAUGAUAUUGAAGUAGACUCCGAAAGCUCUCAUGAACCAGCAACAUCAAUUGGUUCAGCAUACAGAUUGCUGACUCCAUCUGUGAAGGUCCAACUAUUGAUAUACUUUAUGCUCAAGUACGCUAUGGAAAUUUUACUCUCCGAAUCAAGCGUUGUCACCACAUACUAUUUUAGCUGGUCUACAAGUUCUGUGGCUAUCUUUUUAGCGCUUCUUGGCUUAACUGUUCUUCCAGUAAAUGCCGUUGUCGGAAGCUACAUUACAAAUUUGUACGAGGACAGGCAAAUUUUGUUGGCAUCUGAAGUCAUGGUUCUCAUUGGUAUAAUCAUGAGCUUUCGGUUUACCCCUCACUACUCCAUUCCGCAAUACGUCACUUCAGCUCUCAUAACAUUUGUAUUUGCUGAGGUGCUCGAAGGGGUGAAUCUAUCCUUGCUUUCACGGGUGAUGUCGUCGAGGCUUUCCCGAGGAACCUAUAACGGCGGACUCCUCUCCACAGAGGCCGGGACGCUGGCCCGUGUGAUUGCAGACGCGACGAUUACUGCGGCAGGUUAUCUAGGCACGGACCUCCUCCUCAACGUCACCCUGCUGCCAUCUCUUGUGAUCUGCGUAGUCUCCAUCGCUGCAACACUCUACACCUACAACACUCUCUACUGAAGAAGCAGUCUCUCUGUAUCUGCACAGCACUAUUCGCAGUCAAAAUGAUUCCUGCCCACAUUGGGCUGUAUUACUUGUGUAGUAGCAUUUGUGAUUUGUGAUCCUCAAUCAGCGUUGUAAAUGUCCAUACGUUAAAUCUACAGAUAUCGUGGACGGUAUCGGUUUAUUGUAAUGUAUUGUUAUGCAUUCAACAGCUGUAAAUUCGAAUCCAUUGAGGACAAACAUUGUGUCGGAAAUACAAGGUGGUUUCUGGCAUAACAUGGACA